AUGUCAUCAGCCAUGGAUAAGGCCCUCUUGGCCAUGUCUCUUGAAGAAGUUGAAGAAGACCUUCCGUUUGAAAUGCCAGAUCUUCCUCAGUUCUUGUCUAUGGAGAGAAACGUCAUCAGUCUAAUUGGUAGAACUCUAAAUCCAGCUUGCCAAUCCAUGAAAAAUCUCAUUAGAGAUAUGCCUAGGAAAUGGCAAAAACCAGGGAGGAUGAGAGGAGUUGCUCUAUCAAAAGAGAAAUUCCAAUUCAUCUUCAAUUCCGAACACGACCUACAGGAAAUUUUGGACAAAGGCUCCCACACUUACAACGAAUGGUCCUUAGCGGUUGAUAGAUGGUAUGAAAACCCUCCUGCCAACUACCUGCAGUUCAUUCCGUUAUGGGUUCAGAUAUGGAAUCUACCCAUCAAUUACUAUACAGUCAAUGCGAUAACAGCUCUUGGAGAACUAAUCGGAGAGGUCAAGGAGGUGGCUUUUGAUCCCAACGAACCACAGAUACAAGAGUUUGUUCGGGUUAAAGUGCUCUUUGAUGUAUCGAGACCUCUGAGAAGGUCGAAAAUGGUCAAUCUUCCUAAAGGAGGAGGUUCCACAAUGAUUAGGUUCCAGUAUGAGAAAGUCCAAAAAAGAUGCUAUGAAUGUCAAAGGCUUACUCAUGAGAAGGAUUUCUGCCCUAUUUUGAUAAAGCAAAGACAAGAUACAGCUACAGCUAGAAGAGCAGGCAUCUCAACUCCAAAGCCAGCCAAGGUUCCCUUCCUUAAAGAAGAUGAUCCUUUGUUUGGUAUCUUAGCAGAAGAUCAAGUAGGCAUUGAUCCCAUGACAGGCAGACAUCGAAUCGCGGCAGAUGUGCUUGAAGGUAUGAGACAAUACCUUCUGGUUAAUAAUAAUGAAGAUUGGUAUGUGAAAGCAGAGAGAGUGAAGAAAUCUGUUCGAGAAGUUGAAAAAGAUCCGGUAGCAAAGAAGUCCAUUCUUAGGCUGGAAUCCCCUUUGAUAGUUCAUCAGAAUGUCAACAAAGACAAAGGUAUCGUCUUCGGUUACGAUAUAUCGAUUUCUUCUACUGAGGAAGAUGAGGAACAGCUGAGGAAGAAUUCGGUCAAAGUCAACUCUGAAACAAACAUGUUAAGAAAAGAGGCUCCUGAGUAUCAAGAUGAGCUUCCUCGUAACUUCCUUGCUUUAUCUCAACCUUUCCAGGAUAGUGCAACGGUUUAUAGACCUGGCUUCUUUGAAGCAGGCUCUUCCGGCCCUAUCUCAAGAAAGACAAAAGCAAGGAAAAGACCCCCUAAGAGUCUCAGGAAACCAAAACCAAAGCUUGCAAAUAAUGCAGAUGCAGAUCAGAGAAACCAGGAGGCAAAUAAUGCAGAUGCAGAUCAGAGAAACCAAGAGGAAUUGAUAGCUACAGCAAAGGAGAAAAGAAAAGCAGUUGAUGAGGGAGCUAGCACUGCAAAAUCCACAAAGCUAAAUCCCUUAGAGGUGAUCCCAUUGGGGGGAUUUCCCAAUGCCCAAUGA